UCCAGAGUAGAAGGACUGAAGGAUCCUCUGGGAAACUUUAAAUUUCCUCAGCUGCCUGAGGUGGUAGAGGCGCUGCCUUGCCUUUCUCACCAGAGUGUCUGUGUUUGUUGACCAUGUCAGAUCCUCGGUGAUGUGGACUCCCAGGUAUUUAUACCCGCUCACCCUCUCCACAGUAGUCCCGUUAAUCCCCAGUGGUGAGUACGUCCUCUGUUGUUGUACCCUCCUAAAGUCCACAAUCAGCUCCUUAGUUUUUGUGACAUUCAUGAUGAGGCUGUUGUCCUAAUAUAUCAGUAUAUGUGUAUUAUAUAAGUAUACGUGUAUAAUAUAAGUAUAUCAGUAUAAUAUAUUAACAGCAGUUUAUAAUGGAUACCACUCUAAGCUGUCACAUGAGAAGUGUUCUAUAUAUUAAAUCAUCAGGUUGUUUUGAUGAUUGCAACGCUUCGCGUUUUUUGAGCCUCCGUGGACGCCGUACUUCACCCGGAAGUAGAGUUUGAAGGCGUUUCAACGCGGGAUAUUUGUUUACAUGUGGAUUGUUUACGUGUGGAUCCAGUAAUCGAUCCUGAUAUCAGCCCUCAGCGAUCAGCUGUGGACAUGGACUCCCCACCGCUGGUCCUGGAUCAGCUCCAGCCCGGCGGGGACGCUGAAGCCUCCUGGUUGAAGGAGGUGUUCGUCUUCCUCUCAGAACACCUGUCUCCUGAGCUCUGUGGCUCCGCCCCUCAGGCUGCUGAGGACUCACUGACAGGUGUGUUCCAGAGGCUCCAGGCCCAGCUGGGAGGCCCUCACCUGUUCCCCGUGAGCUACAGGCCCGUGUCCGUCUCAGGGCUGCUCACCCUGCAGCACCUGGCUUGUGUCAGCAACCUGUCCUGGAGCACCAAUCAGCAGCGAGCGUGGGCAAAGGAGGCGGAGCUUUCUCUGCCAGGUCACCUGGCUCUGCCGCGGGUCAACCUGCUGCUGAUUGGCUACCUGAGAGAGGGGCGGGCCGGAGAGUGGAGGCUGACGGACACCAGUGGCAGCGUCAGGUGUGAGUGCCUGUCUCCCUCUCCUCUUUGGCUGAACCGGCCAGUCUUCUUCCCUCACUGGAACUACAUCCCCCAUAAUGCCCCGGGGCAGGAUCAGGAGGUGGCCGGAGGCUACGUCGAGCUGAUUGGUUCUCCGGUUCUGUUGUGUCCCGGUCCUGAUCACGGAUUGGCUAUAAGUCCUGCCGGAGGGGCGGGGCUUAGCGGAGCAGUUGGAGUUCGAGAGGCUUCUGGUUUACUGGACAACAGGACUCGUGGGCAGCGUCUCUCAGUCUUUGGCCUCGUGGGGACAGUCUGCCCCCUGCUGGCCGUGGCAGGAACAACCUUCUUCUGCUUCUGGCUGACGGACGACUCUCACGCCCUGCGUGUCCUGGUCAAGGACAGAAGCCGUCUGUGGUGGGCGGGGUGUGUGUGCGUCGGUCAGGGUGUGUGUGUGACGGCGCUGCGUGUGUGUGUCCUACGAGGCUGGAGAGGAAACAACAUCCUGUGUGUGACCGACCAGUCGCAACUACACACAAACUACACACACGCUGCCACGCCCCCCCCACUGGUGAUGUCACACGCUGAUGAUGAAGAAUGUGAGGAGGCGGAGCCUGAGAGAUGCGUCAACCAAUCAGGUGUCAGGAUGAAAAAGUCCAGAGUCAUCAGUUACCAGGGCACCGUGACUAAGGUGGUGAGUGAGGGGGCCGGACUCUACGUGAUGGACGGGAAGGUGGGGCUGUGCACGGCCAAUCAGCCGCCACCGAGGAGACACCUGAGAGCAGGGGACUCUGUGGAGCUCCAUCACGUCCACUUCCUGUUCCGGCCCUGUCCGGACUUUCCUCCCAGCAUGCUUUGCACCUGCCUGCGCUCCAGCCUCCGGGUCACCGCCUUCAGCCGGCUGGGGGGGGCGGCGCCCGACUCCAGCUGCCCCGGUGACGGAGCGUUGCCCCGGUUAAUGAUGGAGAACAACGUUGGCGUGUCGGAGUACCUGUGGGCGUGUCACCUGAGCUCCCUGCUCACACACAGUCUCGUCCCCCAGGUGCAGCAGCAGUGUGUGUGUGUGUUGUCCUGGAAAGUGAUGGAGUGUGUGUUCGGAGGAGGAGGAGGAAGAGGAGCAGGAGGAGCAGGAGGAGGAGGAGCAGGAGGAGCAGGAGGAGCAGGAGGGGGAAGAGAUAUCUACUCUGAGAUGUUGGACGAGCCUCACACCUGUCCUCUGACACAGUACCGGGCUGACCCGUUAGUCCCUCUCUGCGUGAGCGUCUCCGAGCUCAGCCGGUCUCUGGAGUCCGGCUGCUGGUCUUCGGUCUCUCUGAGGUCUCUGCUGCCCCCUGGUGGAUCUGGUCUGACCAGGUCUCAGAUCAACACGGCACUGGCCUGGUCCUGCAGGACUCUGACCUCUGACCUCCAGGAACCCCCGACUGGAGACCGACUCUGGCGGCGCCCCCUGCUGGUGGUCGGGGUAUUGCAGCUGCCUUCACAUGAUGACGUCACUCUGCAGCUCAGAGACACCACGGGAACUGUGGCCUGUGUUGUCACGGAAACCAGCGAAAAAGAGGAGGGAGGUCAGAGGGCAGCCUUCAACACAGCCUGGCUAGGCUGUCUGGUGUGUCUCCAGAAGUUCACCAUGGUAACGGAGAGGUUCCUCCAAUCAGAUUUCCCCUCCUACGAACACCUGGACCAGGAGGAGUACAUCACACACAGACACUGCAGAGUCUACCUGCAGUUUUCUCUGGACCACCUCCACAUCCUGAGUCCGUCUGUUGCCAUGGUUACACACCUGGCACAGAAGGGGGAGGAGUCAGGAGGUGAUGUCAUAAGCAGGAAGCAGAGAGAAGAAGAAGAGGAGGAAGAGGAGGAAGAGCAGGCUCCUUCUGCAGAAAAGAAGAGAAGAAGAGUGGGCGGCGGCUUCCGGCCCUGCGUCUCCAUGGUGAUCAGGGUGGAGCACAAAGAGGGCGUGGCCUGGAGGAACAUGGCGGCAAGGCUACAGGGGAAAGAGGCGGGGCUGACACUGUGCUUCUCGGUCAAAGCCGCUGUGAUUGGUCCAGUGGUCAGCUGGGGGCGGGACCCCAAGAACCGACCAAUGACGGACAGAGAGACGGAAACGGAGAGCGAGAACAAGGUGGUGCUGGUGCUGCCGGGCAGGGCGGCGGCCUGGUUCCCCCUCCUGCAGCGCGGCCGCUGCUACAGGCUCACCGCCCCCGACACGCAGGAUCCCAGUGUUUUGAUUGGCUGUGGGGUUUCUGGGUCCAAGGGGGUGGAGCUCCACACUGACUCCACCCUCCAGGUCCAAUCUGAUUGGAGGCUCCACACUCUGACCCGCCCACCGCUGCAGGCUCUCUCGCCCACGGUCCUGUCCGUGUCUGACAUCUUGGACUGCAGCUCAGAGCUGGUGUGUUUUCAGGCUCAGGUGUGUGACCGGACCAGCCUCACUGACAGGACCGGUGCCUCUGGAACAGGAGUUCGACUCACAGUGUGUGACCGCACCGGGACGACCCUACAGGUGUACCUGGACUUGAGCCACACCCCCUACCCACCUGGCCUGUUGCCUGGCAACACACUGCUGCUGGAUUCUUUCCAGCGGAGGGUGUCCAGGUCAGGGGGGGUGUACUGCAGCUCCCUCCCCCUCAGCUCCAUCACUGUGGUUGCCCUGGGAGACGCGAGCGCCGCCCGGCCUCCUCCUGCUCCCAUGAUGCAUCUGGGUGUGUGGGCAGUGAGCAGAGAGCAGAGGUGCAUUGUGGGUCAGGUCAGAGGUCAUGUGGUGUGUUUCCUGUUCCUGCAGCUGCAGUGGAGCUGCUCGCUCUGUGGGAGCGUGUACACGCAGGCGUGUUCCCGUCCCCCGUGUCCGUCCACCUCGUCCGUCUUUCAGUCCAAAGCAAAGCUGGUGGUGGAUGACGGCACCGGUGAGGCUCACGUCUGGUUCUCAGGAGCUCUGGUUCGUCCUCUGCUCGGAUUGGCUGAUUCUCAGUGGGAGGGGCUUCAAAGAUCACUCAGGGUCAGAGGUCACAUCACAGUCUACCCCCGGGGGCGCAGCGUGGUGUGCGUCUCUGAUGACCCCCUCCUCCACUUCCUGUUGAGCAUGUGCAGCAGUGGCGUUGUGUGUCGUCAGCUCUCUCUCACCUGCAGACGGCAGAACCACCAGAGACCCGAAGAUAUGAAGCGCUUCACGAGAGGAGAACGAGCCUUCGUGACCCGAGUGGCUCCGCCUCCACAGCUCACCUGUCUGCAGCUGGACUCUGACUAGCCUCACCUGUCUGCACACAGGAAGGGGCGGAGCCAGGUUACCUUUGAAUGUUAGAUCUCACUUUGACACGAUUUGUUGAUAAAAGUAUAAAUCUUUA